GUUGGAUUAGCCUGUUUGAAUCUGAUUCAUACCUGUCUAUAACAAUACAUGUUGUAGCAUUCUGCAGAUGGAUAUUCCAGACGGUUCUUGCAGACAAGAAAUAAGACACUUACAUUUCAUUUAUCAAGAGCGACAGAUAUGUGGCCUCACUUUACACGGGGUAGAUACUCUAACCCUCGACCAUUUCCUCUGCGGUAUAAGGAGCCGACGAACAUCACGACGUGCAAGCCCCAAAAGCAUGUCGUCUAUCUGAAAGUUUCCAAGUGUUUCUCCACCACCUGCUAUCGUAUCAUGAAACAUGCUGCGUUCAAAUAUCAUCUAAAUAUCCUUAAACCGAAAGCCACGGACCAUUUUUAUCCGGUAGGACCGCUCCGUCCGAGGCGGAUCACCAAGGGAGAUGCCCUCUACGAACCCGGAAAGACAUACGAUAUGAUUGUCGAUCAUAUGGUAUUUGACUACGACGUCGUUAGUAGUAUGAUGCCGUCAGAUUCGUUUUAUGUCGGGGUUGUCCGAGAACCUUAUUCUCAGUUUAAGAGUGCCUACAACGGAUUCUCCUUGUGGAAUAAAUUCCACGUCCCAAUCGAUGAAUUUCUCAGAGCCCCACAAACACACUGGGAUCGCCACGUACGGGUUAAAGAUCAGACGGCCUUCGGUAGAAACAGCAUGAUGUUCGAGUUUGGGUUUCCAGAAGAGAGAGAUGAUUUGAGGGAUAAUGAAACUUUCAUUCAACAUUAUGUUGAUUAUCUUGAUUCCAAGUUUGAUUUUGUGAUCAUUACGGAGUAUUUUGACGAAAGUUUGAUUUACUUGAGGCGUCUUCUAUGCUGGAAAAUGGAAUAUGUGUUGUACUUGCCCAUUAAUGUGAAGCCGUAUAUGUUUGACCCAAAUGUAGUUGCAAACUCAUCGUUUCAAUUACAACAUAAAAAGUGGAGCAAAGCAGACUAUUAUCUGUAUCACCAUUUUCUGUCGAAAUUUAAAGCAACUCUAAACCAACAAGGACACGAUUUCUUUGAAGAACUUCGUGUAUUUCGCCAAGCUCUGCGAAUGAUAGGAAAAUGUGGCAAUUUUAGGCGGGUCAGAAUAGAGGGGAAAGGUGCCCUUGGUCUUCUGUACACCUCAGAAACAAACAUCAAGUGUACCUGACCGGGAGGCACAUUUACCAUCAACUCCGUUUAUUUUCAUAAAAGGUACAU